AUGCCUGUACUCAGCUCGAGCGAAGAAUGGCAACGGCAGUCUUCGUUACUGCUGCAAGCACGCCCAACAACGACACGAAUUACCACGAAAUACAACAUACCGAAUCUCGAUUCCCCGAAGUACCAGAAGACGAAGAAGAGGAAGAGAGAGACUGAUGGCGAGGAUAAAGAUGCUCCGGCGGCGCCGCGAGUACCCCGAGCAACGCUCACAUUAAAGACCUACGAUCCAGAAUCUGGAGUGGUGUUGAAGUUCAAGACGGAUAGAGCGGCAGAAGUCGGAAGACUGAUUGGGAGUCUGGGACGGGUGGGCAGAUACAUGGCAGCACUUCCGGAGAAGGAAGAAGGUUUGCCAGCACAAGACACUGUUCCGGAGGAUGUCCCUGCGAUCGAGCAAGCAGCAGACUCAACGCUUCCCACGAGCGAUUCUAAACCACAGUCGGGAGCUGGCGGAGGCAAGAAGAAAAAGAACAAGGGCAAGAAGUGA